AAAACAAGGCCCUAUAUUUAUUUGAAUUCAAAUUAAAAAAAAGGGGCCCCCCCAAUAUAAAAUAAUGCUCAAAAAUGAGUUGGUUCGACGCAGGAGCCCUUGCCAACAUAGCGAAAUCGGCCCUGAAGGAGGCCCAAAAAACUAUCGACAAAGCGCUGGACAUUAAAGAGGAAACCGAACAAAAUAUGCAAGCGGACAGCGUUUGGGGCAGCUUCACUGGUUCCUUCUUUGUCGACCAAAACGAUUCUUUGGACUUUAGUACCAGCAAAUUAGUGGUACAAGAGGAGGAAAAUGAAGACGCUUGCAUUACACACUCAGACUCUGUAGAAAUUUUAGGCGACAGUUCAAUUGAAAUCAUUAGUACCGACGAAAGUACCACCCAACAAUUAACUGACGAGUUUGUUUCGCCUUUAGAUUCUCCAAUUGUUGUAGAUGGCAAAUUAAGUUCACCUGAAAGUGUGGAAAUAAUUCCAGAAAACCAAGAAGAAACCAGCAUUGCUGACGAUACAAUGUCGUGUACUUCAAUUUCUGAAACUACCGUGCUAGAUUUGACUCAGAAAAUGCUAUAUAAUGAAUCAGUUGAAGCUAUUACGAGAGCGCCAGGUCGCAGCAUGCAUUUAGCUUUAAUAGAUGAGAAAACCAACAUAAUCGAUAUUCCUUUGCUAGACAGCUCAGAUGGUUCAAUAUCGGAUAAAACCCUGGUAGAUGUUCAAAUUGUAGAGGGCAGCAGCAGCGAUACUGCAAGUACUACUACAGAUGUCAGCAGCAAUUCUACUUAUUUGAAAAAGAUGCUCGCGGAUGCAAUGGCCGAAAAAUCUAGUCAAUCCGAUCUAGUCAAAAUAGGUUCGGACCAUACGUCGUGCGACGAACUCGAAACCACUACGUCAUCGGACAUUGAAAUCAUUUCUAGUCCUAACGGGGACUCUAGCAGCACUCAGAGCAGGCAAAGCCCCAUCAAAAAACCCGAAUUGUCCAGUGACGAUUCAUGUGACAUUAAUAAACUGUUGAGACGAAUAGCCGAAAUGACUGACAUCUUGGAAUCAAGAGAAUCGAAACUAAUUGAAACAAACAGGCGUAACGCAGAGCUGCAAGAGCAAAACUCGGACCUCAAAAACCAAUUAAAUUGCCUCCUGCAACAGCAACAAGACAUAGAUUUGAGUCAAGUGACCGAAGAAUACACGCAAAGAUUGUCAGCUUUGGAAAAAAAAUUCCAACAAGCCUUGCGGGAAAAAGAUGUUUUGAAAAAGCAGCUGGAACAAGCCAAAUUGGAUGUGGCCGCUCGUUUGAGCAAAAACGAGCUGGAAUCGGCCGUGGCAGACAAAGAGGAAGUUAUCAGAGAGUUGCGGCAAGAGGGAGAGAAACUAUCCAAGCAACAGUUGCAGCAUGGAAACAUUAUAAAGAAGCUGAGGGCAAAAGAAAAGGAACACGAGGCGACAAUUAAGACUUUAAGGGAAGCUAACGAAAAUCUAACAACCGAAACAGACAGGCUAAAAAAAUCCUUGUCAGCCAAAGAUCGAAGCCGUACACAAUCUGACCCAAAAACACAAAAAACUCGAAGCCGAACUACUGAAAACCAAAAGCCAACUGGAAGAUUUAACCCAAAAACAUUCCACAACCAAAAAAUCACUGGAAGCAGCCAAACAAGAGCUACAAGAACAGACCAAAAGCUGCUCCGAACUACAAAGCAAACAACUCCUGCUCCAAAACUUAGAAGACGAAAAAAAAAUGACGCAGUCGCAAAACCUCGAAGUAAUCGAGCAGCUGGAUUUGUUGCGCAAACGCCUCGCUCAGACCGAACAAGAAAGCGCCCUCCACACUCAGAAACUCAAACUAGAAAACACCGACUUACUCAGACGCUUAGAAGAAGCUGAAACCCGCAACGAAGAACUGUCUCAGACUAUUUUAGACGUAAGCAAACCAUUGGUCAGACAAUUUGAAACAUUACAAGCUACGCAUAAUAUGAAAAUGGCCAACUAUGAAAAACUUGAGGGUGAUUUGUUAUUAAAAAUUGGAGACUUAAAAAGUAAAAAUCAGCAACUUUUAAGCAGCGAAAGAGUUGUCAAAGAAGAGUGCGUUUGUCUGAGGUCUAAGUUGGCUGAACUAGAAGGACAACUUGGUACGGUGAAGCACCAAGCUGAACUGAAUCAGAUGCAGUUGGAGCAAGCUAGAACUGAACAAGUGAUUCUAGAGCAAGAUUUGAAAAGUAAAAUUAAGCAACAAGCAGACCUAAUCCUUGACAAAGACAAAGAAAUUCAGCAGUUAAAGCAACAACUGGCUAUUGACUAUGAAAAACAGCAACAAGACAGUCCUACAAUGGUUGACAGAAGUUCGCCUUCUUCGCCGACUCUUAGUUUAGGCAAAGUGUCAGUUUCUGAGUCGUUGAGUGGUAGUUUUUGGUCACAGGAUGAACCUUUUGAAGCCACGCACGCACCCCGCUACACCAACAUGUUUGAAAUGCAAAUGCUACAAUCCACAUUAAAACAACGCGAAGGCGAACUGCAACAGGCCCAAUGGGAACUAAACAGGCGCGAACAGGAACGCUCCCUGCUCAAUUUGGAAAUUUCCAAAUUAAUUAACAGAAUUGAGGAGCUGGAAGUUGUAGAUAAAAACUACAACCAAAUAAAAUUGCAGCUAACCGAGUUGCAAAAACAAUAUGACACUUUAUGCCAGCUAUUUGGAGAAAAAGUGGAGGAAACUGAGGAAUUGAAGUUGGAUUUGGAGGAUGUUAAAGACAUGUAUAAAAGUCAAAUUGAUGAAUUGUUAAGGCAACAACUGUGAUAAAUGGAAAUUGUAUUUAUUCUAAAAUUAAAUAAAAUCACACUGUAUUAUUUGUUGGUUGCGAUUGAGGUGGUGUUUGUCUUGUUACUAUAUUAAUAGCGUUGGCCAUGACUUGUUUCCUAAGAAAAUCUGACGUCAUAGUGCCAAAACUGUCCUUGUUGCCCAUUUUGCAACGAAUAUAACCGUGCAAAUUGGCACCAUUUAGCAUUAAGGCAAUUAACACAACUA